AAACAUAGUGCGCUGCCAACGUAAUCAGACGGUUUUCUUCAGCGAAUAAUAUUUCAAUGAUUUUUACCAGUUUCUUAAUAACAAUAAAUACGAUUGCAUCUACAUUUAAUGCAGUGUGUUGUGAUAGAUUAUGAUUAGGGAUACAUGAACGUGCUCGUAAAAACGCGACGGAAGCAUCGUCGCAAUUUAUUAAUCAUACGAUAAACGUGUCUUAAAAACGUCCCAAGAACGUAGGAAAUGUCCCUUUAGAAAUGUGACAUCGGCUUAUGUAUUAUGUAAAGAAUAUAAAUAAAUAAUGUGGGCACUGGGCUGUAACCUACUCUACCGGAGAACUGGAAUAACACAAUGCACUUCUCCUCCGUGCACGGUGAUUAUUUCAGCAGGGCGAAAUGUCUUCCAAUAACAACAUGAUGUCCAAGAAGAUCCGGACGGAGUACAUGAAGAAGUUCAGAGAUCCCAAGUGGGAGACGUUCUCCAAAUCUUACGAGGACUCUGUGAAAUACAGACUGACGCGGAGGCUGAUGGAGCAGACACACAGACCGUUAUUUGCGGACGGAUGGGACAGCGGGUCUGACUCAAGCGGAAGGUCCAGUCCCAAACAGCAGGAGGGGAACGUCUCAAAUGCCAAACACUACAUAUCCUCAUCAGAGUCCAAGAACGAGAACGCAGAGGUUCUGAACUCCUCGAAGCCACAGGUGAAUGGAGAAGUUCACACGGAUACUAGUGCAACCGAGGAAAGCUCACUUCCCUUGGAGAAUGGUUACAAAGAUGUGACUCCUAACGGGCCAUCAGAAUCUAAUCCAAAACGGCGACAGAGACGUCGGGCGCCCCGUUCAGAGCCAUGCUACCCUAAUAAGGAGUUGGAUAGUGAUAAAUCUCAACUAUCCGUAUCAAGAAAACCAUCCAGGGCCAAGAGCCAACCACCGGGCAACACCAAGGAGCAGACGUCCAACCGUGAGAACAGACGGUCUUUUAUCCGUUGUGACUGGGCAGAAAGGCACAUUGAGACCAGGGACAGAAGGACACCAAAUAUGAGAGCGUCUAUGUCCGCUGGAGAGAUUCAUCGGGCCGACGUGGGCGUCCAGACACGAAGAGAGGCUAAAAAAGGUGGAAGAUCAUCAGACCACCGGCGGGCAAGGUCAGCUGACCCGGAGAAGUCUCGGAGAUCAGCACUGAGUGUGGCGGACGAGCGCUGGAUGACGGAGUACAUGCGCUGCUUCUCUGCUCGACUGAGGUAGAGGCUGACCCAGGAGCUGGAUUUGAUACGAGGCUCCAAGAAAAAGAUCCCAAACCAGCACUACAGGACCAUUAGAGAAGGCACUGGACAAUUGACAACAAAAACUGAAUAAAAAGUUAAACGCAUUCCUUUAAAUUCGAUAUGAAAUGCAGUUAUUCAUAAAAUAUUAAAAUAAGUCAUAUUUUUUUGAUGCUGGCUACAAUCACUUUGUUAUGAAUGCAUUUAAGGACCAAACAUUUGAAUAUUACACCAAAACACAUUUGGAAUCACAAAUACUUAGUUUUAAUAUUUUCUGUUGGAAUUUAAUGGUCAUUUUAUUUUCAGUGUUUGGUGGUUAUUAGAAGGUUUCAGAUCUUCUGUUCUGACUUUUAACACGGGCUGCUGGGAUUUAACAAUCAAAAUUCAUUUCUGAGAGGACCAAACAGUUAUUGUUUCUGACUCGGAUGAUUGUUUAUUCUAUCUUUCCAGAAUGUUACUCUAGACGCUCCAGCCUGCCUGUCAUUAUAAUGCCAGCUGUAAAACUCACUGUUCUUUUGAAUGUGAUUGACUGAUGUUUGGUUUGUUUUAAUUGAUCACAUGGUCAAUGGAUUUGUGUUUGAGAGGCCGUGUUAGAAGUGCAGUGCUGUGCAAGUCGUGAAAUGUUUUCUAAAAAAGUGUAUUUUCCUCACCGAUCACCAAUAGUCAUCAUUUUAAUCACUUUUUGCACAAAGAUGUCAAGUAAUUAAUAUUUUUAGAUGGAAAAAUAAUUGAGGGCUAGUCGAAGGCCAUCAUUUGAUUCUUGUGAAUGUGAUCAUUCAUUAUGCAUUGAGUUAUUUAUCAGAGCACAGAUUUGGUAUGAAAAUUCAUAUUUGCUCACAUGUAUAUAUUUUGCUUUUCUGUGAUAUUUACAAUGCAUCAGCACUGAUCGUGUCAUAGACACUUUGAAUGAGCCGUGACGCUUUACUUGAACCUACAUGGUUCGCUGGGGGACAUUUCCUCUGCUCUUUAUCUUAAUAACUGAUUGCCUGUUAUCUGGACUUAUUUAUUUAUUCAUUCAGUUAUUCACUUGCUUAUGAUUUCAUAAAAGGAAACUCAUUCUGUUUAAGGCUUUUGACGCUGAUGUUCUUGAAUGAAGCAUAUGAAAUAUGCUAACUUGUUGAAUUUCUUCAGCAAUGUUUACAUUUUGACCACUGUAUUUGUACAUGAGAACAUGCACAGGUAGAUAUAUUUUCAUCUGCAGAACAGAAAUACUCCUAAUGCAUUGCAGUGAAUAAACUAUGUUUGAGUAACAUCAUGUCUCUUCAAUAUUAUGUUCAUAAAUCACAAUAUCACACAAAGCAAUAUGUUAAACAUCAGUGUAACUUACUUUAAAGGUAUGAAUAAACAUCUUUUAUGUUUUUUAAUGACAUUUACAUCCAUAAUAC